UAUCGAAGUCCCGCCAAGACGAAACGAACAUACACAACAAACGAAAAUACCUUUGACACAUUACUGAAAUAAUACUGAUACACUGAAUCGCCGACCGCACGAGCAUCUCAAGCACACUCUUCGUCAUCAAUCACCAUACAACCUGUCAUGGAAAGCGAUCCUCCUUCAGCCCCAACACACCACACCCUGCAUAAUACCUCAUCACAAGAAAGUCACGACGUAGAGAAAGCAGGACGGACACGGUCGAACAUGUUACACAGCGGUGAUGAUCAGGAUCACGACGAGACGGCGACUGCCGUUCACGAGAAACUCGACCCAGCAGAGAUGAAUCCGGUUGCUGUAUCGCCAGGAGCUGCUACUAAUAAACCAAGACGGUUUGCGCAUGGCUUCUUUGACCCAGAACUGGCCGGCAUGCGGAAAGCCUCGAUCAAGAUCAUGGUCAUGUACACCAUCCUCAUCAUCUUAGCCAUGUGGUCCACCCUCAUCGCCUUCUGGGGAUCGUUCUACCACGCAGCGGAUAGGAGCAAUCGGUUAUCCAUCGCCGUGUUUGAUUUCGAUACGCCCUCUUCACUGGGCGCAUCGACGGGACUGGCGACGGACGUCCCGACGCUAGGACAGUAUAUCGUGCAGGCUUGCCUUGCCAACGCGAACGGGUCCACGACCGACGGACACACUCGAGGCACGCUAGGAUUCUGGGAAGCAGACGCCUCGAAACACCCUGAUAUGGCCUCUAUCGAGAAUGCUAUCGUUCAAGAGGAAUUCUGGGCAGCCGUGGUUAUCCCUCGUCAGACCACUUCGAAUCUACUCCAAGCUAGGCAGAACGGAGAUACCGCUUGGCAACCGCAAGAUACGGUCCUCUACGUGUAUAAUCAGGCUAGGAACGAGAACGCCGCGGGGAGCUAUAUCGUACCGAUCGGACAGGCUGUGUUGACCAGGGCGACGGCGGCAUGGGCGGCGCGGAGUGCAGGGCGAUACCUGAGUACGAUCGCAGGUAACCAGACAGCAAUUCAAGCCUUGGUUGCUGCGCCUCAGACUAUCUCGCCCGGGGUAUCGUUCCGCUUGAACAACCUCAGGAGCUUUGCGGUGGCGCCGACGGCUACGGCUGCGACUCUGGUCGGAGGGAUUUUCACGAUAGUCUUCGCCUUUUUGUUGACAAUGGCCUUCAGCGCCGUUCGCGGGAUCAUCGGGCCUUUCCUCACGCUCAAGCAGUAUAUCGCCAUGCGUCUCGUGAUUCCGACGAUCUGUUACGUCUUCGUAUCUUUAUCCAUAGCUAUGCUAAAUUUGCCGUAUAAAGUGCCCUUUGACGCGCAUUUCAGCUAUGGAACCGGAUUCUUCGUUUGGUGGAUGGCGUGUCUGUGUGCCGUGACUUGUGGACUCGCUCUCGAAUUUUGGAUGACCAUCCUCGGGCCUCGCUUCACCGCUUUCGCCAUGCUGUUCAUCAUCAUCUACCAAGUAUCGACCGUCUCUCUCCCUCACGAGCUGCAAAUCUCGUUCUUCCACUACGGAAUCGGUGUCCCGCUCAAUCGUACCGCCAACAUCUUGCGGACGCUCAUCUUCGACACCAAGAGCGAACUUGGGCUCGGAUUCGGUGUCUUGUUGGCCUGGUGGGCACUGAGCGCUUUCAUCACGUUACCGCUCAUCACAUGGGUCUAUCGAAGAAAGGAGUUGAAGGCUCAUCGCAAGGAACAAGAGGGGGCGAGCUCUCCCGCAGCUUGAAAUUGGGGUCGUGAAUGUAAGAAAUACUUAGAGAAGCCGCGGGGCAUGUAGGAAUAUAUAAUGAUUAUCGGCGUGGAGGCCGCCUAGAUCUCCAGGAAAGUCGAAUUGCAUUAGAUGAUCUAGAGAG